AGCACCACCGGGUGAGAGCGAAGGAGACACCGACAGAGACACACAGAGACUCACCAAACCUUCACCAGACCACUGAUCCACACCUGCAGCCGGGCUAUCACUUUCAAGGCUCUUUCUCUUGGACUCCUCUUUCCUCUCUCUCUCCAUCUGUCGCUCCUGAUCAUGUGGAAGGCUGCAGUGUUGACGUUUGGCCUGUUGGUGGCGCUGGUGGGUAUGGUGCAGGCUGCAGAGGGCCACUCUAACUCUAUCUACGGGGUGAAGCUGUGCGGGAGAGAGUUUAUACGGGCCGUCAUCUUCACCUGCGGAGGAUCGCGUUGGAGGAGAGGAGUGGGCGAUGCAGGUGACAUCUCCAUUGACGAGGAGACUGAGGCCUACAGCCCAUGGAGCUCCAACGCCAUCCCCGGCCUCGCCAGCAAGCAGCGUCCAGGAUUGGAGGCCCAGGGCUGGGCAGGCGAGGUCAGGGUGGGGGACUCUGCCGCUGCUGUGUUCAGUCGUUUGGCUCGCUCGCCCAUGUCAGAGGAAGUGCUAGAGGCGCUGCGCAGCACGGACAGGAAGGGGCGGGAUGUCGUGGUGGGCCUCUCCAACGCCUGCUGCAAGUGGGGCUGCAGCAAGAGCGAGAUCAGCUCCCUCUGUUGAGCACUACCAACACCUCUCAUUUUCAUCCCUCCAUCCCCUCGUCCCUCUGCUCAGCUCUUCUAGCUCUCCUCCUACAUCACCCCAUCGCUCAUCCCUCUGCUCAGCUCUUCUAGCUCUCCUCCUACAUCACCCCAUCUCUCAUCCCUCUGCUCAGCUCUUCUACCUCUCCUCCUACAUCACCCCAUCUCUCAUCACUCUGCUCAGCUCUUCUACCUCUCCUCCUACAUCACCCCAUCUCUCAUCACUCUGCUCAGCUCUUCUACCUCUCCUCCUACAUCACCCCAUCUCUCAUCACUCUGCUCAGCUCUUCUAGCUCUCCUCCUACAUCACCCCAUCUCUCAUCACUCUGCUCAGCUCUUCUAGCUCUCCUCCUACAUCACCCCAUCGCUCAUCCCUCUGCUCAGCUCUUCUACCUCUCCUCCUACAUCACCCCAUCUCUCAUCACUCUGCUCAGCUCUUCUACCUCUCCUCCUACAUCACCCCAUCUCUCAUCACUCUGCUCAGCUCUUCUACCUCUCCUCCUACAUCACCCCAUCUCUCAUCACUCUGCUCAGCUCUUCUAGCUCUCCUCCUACAUCACCCCAUCUCUCAUCACUCUGCUCAGCUCUUCUAGCUCUCCUCCUACAUCACCCCAUCUCUCAUCACUCUGCUCAGCUCUUCUAGCUCUCCUCCUACAUCACCCCAUCGCUCAUCCCUCUGCUCAGCUCUUCUACCUCUCCUCCUACAUCACCCCAUCUCUCAUCACUCUGCUCAGCUCUUCUAGCUCUCCUCCUACAUCACCCCAUCUCUCAUCACUCUGCUCAGCUCUUCUACCUCUCCUCCUACAUCACCCCAUCUCUCGUGCCUCUGCUCAGCUCUUCUACCUCUCCUCCUACAUCACCCCAUCUCUCAUCACUCUGCUCAGCUCUUCUACCUCUCCUCCUACAUCACCCCAUCUCUCGUGCCUCUCCUCCUACAUCACCCCAUCUCUCGUGCCUCUCCUCCUACAUCACCCCAUCUCUCGUGCCUCUGCUCAGCUCUUCUACCUCUCCUCCUACAUCACCCCAUCUCUCGUGCCUCUGCUCAGCUCUUCUACCUCUCCUCCUACAUCACCCCAUCUCUCGUGCCUCUGCUCAGCUCUUCUACCUCUCCUCCUACAUCACCCCAUCUCUCGUGCCUCUGCUCUAUCCAUUCUACUUUCAUUCUUCUGGCCAUCUCCAUCUCUCACUAACAAUCCCUUCAUUCCUGCCUGUCUUCCUCCUCUGUCCCCAAAAUGUCUUGCCUUCUCUCCUUCCCUCUAGCCCUCCAUCCCUCCACUUUUCUAUCCCUCCAUUCCUCCUGCCUCUUCUCCUUCUCCUGGAUAAUUUUGUCGAUAAUUCAGGGUCUCCUGACUGUGAGACUGUUAAAAGAAAAGGUUACACAGCAGCGCGAGUAAAGACAUUCUUUGACCAUGCAUGUA